AAAUACUUCGCGUUGCUCAUGACCCCGGUCGGCGAGUGCAACUUGUACGAAUACUAUGACAUUGCACACAAUUGCCCAGACAAGCUUUCGCUACUUCGCAGCUUUUUCGGCUGCAUCGCCAACGCGCUGCAAUACGUUCACAGCAUCAAGAUUCGCCACCGAGAUAUCAAACCGCACAACGUUCUGGUAAAGGGCGAUAGAGUAUUGCUGACGGACUUCGGCAUCGCGCUCGACUGGGAAAAUCUGUCUCGAUCCACCACGACCGCUGAUUCGGGAAAGACGUGGGUGUACGCGGCUCCAGAAGUUGCUCGCUAUGAAAAGCGCAACACGGCCGCUGAUGUGUGGUCGCUUGGAUGCGUCUUCAUGGAGAUGGUUACGGUCCUGAAAGGCGAAAUAGUCGCAGCUAUGCGAUCGUUCUUCGAAGAGCAAAGUGGGAACUAUCGUUUUUAU